AUGAUGAAGGUACAAACAGUGCGAGGCCCGGUGGAUCCGGAGCAGCUGGGGUACACCCUAACCCAUGAGCAUUUUUCGCUCAACUUCGAUAAGAUGUACUCGGCCCCGCCAGAUGCGGUGGAGGAAUACGUCAGUAAGCGAAUUACGCUGGAAAAUGUCGGGUACGUGAAGCAAUACCCGUACGGUAGCCGGUACAACAUAAACUUUGAAGAUUUCGAUACGCAUCAGGCGGUGGCGAAAGAUGUGGCCGCUUACAAAAAGUUUGGUGGUGGUGCAAUCGUUGAGAAUACUUCGCACGGUCUUGGGCGCAAUCUGAAGCUGAUGCACGAAGUAUCGACGGGAGCGAAUGUGCACGUGAUCGCCGGCACGGGCCAUUACAUCCACGCGAUGCAGGACGAAACAACGCACGGUAUGAGCGUGGAGCAGAUGACGGACCUGUACACGAAGGAGCUGCUGUUUGGCGUCGAAGUGUCCGGGCUGGACGAACCGGUAAAGUGUGGCUUCAUCGGUGAGGUUGGUAGCGGUUGGCCGAUUACCCAUUUCGAGCGCAACGCUAUCCAAGCGACGGCGGAAGUGCAGGCCGCUAUUGGUUGUGUUGUUUCGUUCCACCCGGGCCGGGAACGAGACGCACCGUACGAGAUUGUGCGACUUUAUCUGGAAGCGGGUGGUAACGCGUCCAAGUGCGUCAUGUCGCAUCUGGAUAGGACGUUGUUUGAGGAUGACGAUUUGCUGGAGUUUGCCAAGCUGGGUACGUACCUGCAGUUCGAUCUGUUCGGCACGGAGUGUUCGUACUAUCAGUUGAAUCCGGAAUCGUACAUGCAGUCGGAUGAGCAGCGCAUCCAGAAAGUUAUACGGCUAAUUCGCGAGGGAUAUACGGAGCGUAUUCUGAUGGCACACGACAUUCACACCAAACAUCGACUGACCUCUUUCGGUGGACACGGUUAUAGUCACAUCUUGAACAAUGUACUGAUGCGGUUCUCGGUGCGUGGAAUCGACAUUAAGACGGUCGACACUAUGACCAUCAGCAAUCCGGCACGCUGGCUAGAGAUGAAGGUUUAG